GACUCCACAUCAGCAGCACUCACAUCCGCACCAUGUCUGGCGGGCUGGGAAUAGCUUCCACAUCCGCCCAAACGGGAGAUCGCAAGGACAGCUCGGGUACCAUAUUCGCGUGCGCCAUCCCGCUGCUCGUGAGUCCGGUGAAGAUCGCCGGAGCUGUGCAAGAUGAGACAGUUGCCGACCCCGGGAAGACAACUACUGUCCCCCAUGCGGUGACAUUCCUGGUUGUCGACGAUAAUGCGGUGAAUGUCAAGCUUCUCAAGCACAGGAUCACGAAGACGUUCGACGACAGCAAACUGCAAGUGAUUACUGCGACAGACGGAAAGACGGCAAUCCAGCAGUGGGAGGCCGUGAAGGGGCUAGGAAAAGACAACGACCACGUCUUUGCCGGGGUGUUCAUCGACUUUCACAUGCCGAACAUGAACGGCAUGGAGUGCACUGAAUGCUUGCGGCGCCUCGAGGCGAAGAACGGGUGGUCACGCACUCCAAUCUCGGGGUGCACGGCCGACCUGACCGAGAAGGCCACGAAGCAGUUCACCGAUGCGGGUGGGGACGAAGUGCUGUGCAAGCCUUGGAGGGCGGGAGAUGUGAAGAGCAUGUGCCACCGCAUGAUAGCGAAGGCGCUAGAGGCGGAAUAGAAAAGUUCUUAGUUCGUUUCAUUGAUUUUGGGAUGCUAUGUACUAACAUAGCAGUUGUGGCUUCUUGGCGAUUU